AGGCCGGAGCACAGAGCGCCACGAGGCGAGCAGUUGAGUGUUCCCUAGAGUCCCCGUCUCUCCGCCGCCGCCUGCAACCGCUUCACGUGCCCUAAUCCAUCGCAGCUCCCCUUUCCGACCCCAAAUGGAGCCCAAGAAGUCCUCCGCCCAGCACCAGCCUCACGCCAUGGAGCCCAAGAAGUCCUCUCCCCGCCGCACCGGGGCCGCCACCGCCGCCGCCAACGACCCCGAGUCCCCGUUGAGCAGCUUGUUCUAUCCGCCGGCGCCCGGGGCAAAUGGGAAAGAUCAGGACUUGUAUAGCAUUCUCUACAAAGGUCAGAGCGGCAGCGCACAACCUGGCAUGACAGAUGGUAAAACCCAAUGGGCUCCAUCCAGAAGUCGUUCCACCUGCACCAAGGAUAGUAAACAUUCACCGCCACAAGAUCCGGUUGAUACAUCUUGUUUUGGAUCAUCUGUGCAUUAUGGUGGUCGAGACUAUUUUUACGGCAGCUCUACAACCAAGCAAGGGACAGAACCCCCCACUGAUUACAAGGCAGACAAGAAGGAUCCAGCUGCAGAUUCUCAUGGCGACUGGUGGCAAGGCUCAUUCUACUACUAGGUGAAUCUGGUGGCCUCUCCCUUGGAGAACAAGCAGGAACUAAAAGGGGGAGGCAGUGAAGUUCCAUUUCCUUGACUGUUGGUAGUAUCAUCAGUUACCCUGCGUCGAUAGUGGACCCGCUUUCGUCCAAUGGGGGUGCCAGUAUUUAGAAGCAUCACCACAACUGGACAGAUUUAGUGUGUGUCUUUCAUAGUCGCAGCUUUAGAUGUGCAAUGUAAUGAAAAGUAGCAAAGUGUGAGUUAGGUUGCAUAAAAGGGUCCCUGUCCAAUCUGCCAGUAAUAUCGGUGGUUUGGUAUCUGACUCCCUAGAGUCAAAUGUAUGUACAAUUGGAUCGUCGCUCCAAAGCAAAAGAUAAAAUGCUGGAGAAGCGGCGACCACUUCACUGUACACCUUUACCAGCUGGAAUUUGACAGAAGUUGGAAA